AGAGGCAGCAAGCUCGGACAUGGCUUCGGGACAGUAGCGCUGGACAGGAGCGGGGGACGGCCAUGCCAGCCUGCCCGUCUGUAAGGGACUCGCGGCCAACUGCAGACUGAACCAACGGCGCCUCGGACAGGGUUUGUCAAGCACGCACAGGCGAUCAGCCUGCGACGGGAAUGACUUGAGAGCGAGUCCUGGGGAUGCCACGUCCAACACCUACACGAGUUGCAGACAGCCACCUAAGCUGACGGACUGAGCUCACAGAGGAAGGGAAGGGAUUGCUUCACUUUCAGGCUGCUUCAAAGUGCUUUGCCACAAGUGUGCCUCUUUUUUUUUUUUUUUCUAAGGAUUUUAUUUAUUUAUUUAUUUAUUUUACCCCAGCCUAUUUAAAAGGGAAACUCCAUUUGGCUUAUGAGGUGUCUUCUUUCUCUGUGACAACUCUCCUCCUCUUCUGACCAGCAGUGGGAAUUUUAAGACUCAUCUGUGUACGCGUGUGUGUGUGUGUGUGUGUGUGUGUGUGAGUGAGAGAGGAAGAGUAAGAGUGACUCUGAGGGUGUGUGGUCUGGGAGAACUCCUCAAGGAGCUCUGUUGUGUGUUCGUUCAUGUCCGUGCUGUGCGUACUGGCUUGUCACAGUAAGGCUCGUGUGCAGUCGGCUCCCAGAGGCUCUCUUACACAAUGAGGACUUUGUCUACUGUUGGACUUCAUAUGCUGUUGCUCCUGUAUGUCAGACUGAUGAUGGCUACAGACACGCUGGCUUCCCCAAAAGAGAUAAACCAGGAGAAGUGGGAGAGGGACAUCCGAUCAGCCGCCAGUCUGGAUGAGCUGCUCAUGUUGACGGACUACCCAGACUGGAAGCUGUGGAGAUGCCGUCUGAAGCUGAAGCACGUAGACUCAGAGUUCCGCUCGGCGUCAGCCGGAUCGCACAGAUCCACUCGCUUUGCUGCCAACACCUACAGCCUGGACAUACUCAAAGCCAUUGAUGAGGAGUGGCAGAAGACGCAAUGCAUGCCACGGGAGACGUGUGUGGAUGUGGCUGCAGAGAUGGGCACCACCACGGACAUGUUCUACAAGCCCCCCUGCGUCUCCGUCUACAGGUGUAGCGGAUGCUGCAACAAGGAGGGCGUCACCUGCCGGAACACCAGCACCACCUAUAUUAAUAAAACACUCCUGAGUGUGAUCCCAUUCAAAUACGGCCUGGAACCUGUGCUGAUAAAAGUGGCCAAUCACACGGAGUGUAAAUGCCAGGAACCUCAGCUGAUACGCCGGCACGUUCACCCCCACAGGAAGUCUAGGUGUUCUCCUGUCCGCCAAUCAGAGGACUCUGGGCGGCUAUGUGAUCAUGGACUGAUAUGGGAUUGUAUGGAGGAUCGUUGUGUGCCUUACCCCUCCAGUAGCCAAGAGGAUUCCCUCAUCCCAAACACAGAGGACUGUGAAAUUGACGUGGAGCGCUGUGAGUGCAUUCCGAAAGAGCCGACAAGAAGGCGACCAUAUCCAAUCUGCUCCCUCAAUUAUACGAGUCCACCCAGAAGCAAAAAGUUCAACUAGGUGUAGUGCAGCUGCGAGAAAAAGUGAGAGCUAGCAAAAACAGCCCCCUGACAACCUGCUCCUGCAGGAGCUGGGAUCAAAGCAACAUUCUAAUUUAUUUAUAUUCUUAUUUAUAAUAUUGUCUUAUGUACACAAGUAUAUAACAUUUAAUCACACUUCACAUUAUUACCAUGACUAUGUUAACAUUAACAACAACAACAAAAAAUUGUGGUGUAUAAAUAUGUCACAUGUUUCUGUGCACUGAAUGUAAAAUAUUACAAUGCUUAAAAUAGCAGUGUACUUUGCCUGAUAAAAUACUUUUUCUUUUUAAGAA